UUUUGCUCACCUCCUACCGAUGGCACCACCCGGCGACGCCAUCAAUUUACCCGCCGGCGAUGCGUUCGGGGAGCGUAGGCGCGGCCUUAUCUGAGUUCGGCGCCGGAUCUCCGGCUACCGGCCCACCAUCCCCCACGGGUGCGGCCGGAUUCGAGGCGCUGCCGCGGCUGACCUCAAGAAGGAUUUGGGUCGUGGACGUGGUGGGCUCCCUCCUUCGGCGUCCAGACGCGGACACGCGCCGGCGAGCGAGGUCGCUGAGGAGCAAGAGUGGAGGCGCGGGGGACGCCGAUGAUGGCACUGGCCUGUUGGGGCGGGGUGACCAGUGGAGCCUCUUCAUCAACCUGCCCGUGCUGGAGGCCGCCACCGCCGGCCUCUCCAACUGCAACCUGCUCGGCGGCGGCGGCUUCGGCCCCGUGUACAAGGCAAGUUCCGACUGUUCAUCUCCUCCUCUUCCUCUGUCCUGCGCGCUUCGUCUCACCUCUGAACACCUGGUCGCCCAGGGCGUGCUGGAGAGCGGGCAGGAGAUCGCCUUGAAGAAGCUGUCGCUGGAGUUGCGACAGGGUACGCGGGAGUUCCUCAACGGCAGCACCGCAAUCUUGUUUCCCUCCUCGGCUGCUACGCCUCCGCCGGGGCCGGGGCCGGGGCCGGACACAAGAUGCUCGUCUACCCCUCCAAGCCUACGUCCUCAAAGAGCUGUAGUUUUUCAAUCCGAGAGGACCUUCUAAACAAGUUUGCUGAAUAGACGGUGAACUACUGCACUGCGGCUUCAAACAAUAGUCUGCAUGAUGCAGUGGCUUCGUCGAUGUACGUUGUGAAUGAGGAGGAAGAACAAAUUUUACAGAUGGAGAAUACACUUGACUAUGUAUGUUCACAACUGUCUGAUUACAAGGAGAAGCUGAUAGCUCUUGACAUAGCACAUGGCAAGAGACUACUGCAAACUAUUCUGGUUCAUGCUAACAUUGUAUGUAGCUAGAUUCUUCAUUCAUGGAUCUUGGAAAUCGUGUGCUCAAUAUCAUUAUUAUGGAGUAAUCUCGUCUGUAUAUCUAGUGUUAAAUUCAGUUUCACCAGUGUAACUU